GGUCUGAAAAAUUAGUGCAAUUCCUAAAUUGCAUGUUUAAUUAAUCGACGGUUAAUUUGAUUAGUGAUUGGCGCUGAAACUAUUAAGCAGCUGAGAUCCAUGGCGGCGGACUGGCAGUGGGAGAACGCGGCCGCCGGAUCCGCCGCCGGCCUCGCCACUGUCAGCUUCACUCACCCGCUCGACGUCGUCCGCACUCGAUUCCAAGUGAACGACGGUCGCUUACUGCACCUCCCUACCUAUAAGAACACUCCUCACGCUCUAUUCACCAUUGCUCGCACCGAGGGUCUCAGAGGGCUGUAUGCUGGAUUUUAUCCUGCCGUCCUUGGCUCAACCAUUUCCUGGGGUUUAUAUUUCUUCUUCUACAACAAUGCCAAAGAGCGCUAUCUGAGAAGCAGAGCAGAACUGACCCCUGGUCUUCAUCUUGCAUCAGCUGCUGAAGCUGGAGCCUUGGUCAGUUGUUGUACUAAUCCUAUAUGGCUGGUGAAGACAAGGUUACAGCUUCAGACUCCACAGCAAGCUCGACCAUAUUCUGGCUUUCAUGAUGCUUUGAGAACCAUAUUGAGAGAAGAGGGAUGGAAAGCACUCUACAAAGGACUCGGUCCUGGUCUGUUUCUGAUUACACAUGGUGCUAUUCAGUUCACAACAUAUGAGGAACUUCGGAAAAUGGUUAUCAGAUUCAGAACUACAGAAAGUGAACAAAGUUUUAAUUCUGGUGUUAAUUCAUUGGACUCAAUUGAUUAUGCCGUAUUAGGUGCUUCUUCAAAGCUGGCUGCCAUUAGCAUGACGUAUCCAUUUCAAGUUAUUCGAGCUCGAUUACAGCAACGCCCAACUAUUAAGGGCAUCCCAAGAUAUAUAGAUAGCUGGCAUGUCGCCAAAGAAACUCUAAGAUUUGAGGGUUAUCGAGGUUUCUACAAGGGCAUAACUGCAAACGUGCUGAAAAACGCUCCUGCUGCCUCGGUUACAUUUAUCGUGUAUGAGAAUGUGCUGAAUAUGUUGAAACUGACUAGGAGGAAAGAUAUCUGAUUUCAUCAUUUAUUCAUUCUUUUUAUAACUGAGAUAACAAUUGUUAGUGUCAGUCACAACGGAUUGCAUUUCAAUGAUAUUUAAUAAAACUAUUACACAUUUUUGGA